GCGCGGCCCCGCCCCCUUUUUCGUAGGAGACUCGUAGUAGUAGCAGCACCUCGUGGGUUGGCGGGGGUGCGGGAGUUGCCCAACCGGGGAAGUGUUGGCUGCGCAGGUCCGUUCGCUCCCUGCUAGAGUUCUCGCGAGAUCUGGAAGCCGGCUGGGUUGGUUCCUGGUUGGUGGGGAGCGCGCUGAGAAAGCCGGGGCGGCAGCAGUGACUGGGGGCCUCAGCGCGGAGUCUGUGAGCGGCGCCCCCCCACCCCCUCCAGCAGCUGUGUGAAGGGUCGCUCCUCCUCCCCGCCCAACCGGCACAGCGGGAGCGGGGUCCCGGCCCGGCAUUGUCUGCGGGGCGGGCGCACCGGGAUCAUGUCCGCCGGGCAGCAGGAGCCGCCGCCCGAUGAGACCCUGCCCCCCGCCAGCACCGCGCCUCCCGCAACCACUAACAACGGCAGCGAGGCCGCGGGGGCACCACCCCCCGCCGCGGGCGACGCUGACAUGGAGGAAGUUUUUGAUGAUGCAUCACCAGGAAAACAAAAAGAAAUCCAGGAACCAGAUCCUACAUAUGAAGAGAAAAUGCAAACAGACAGAGCAAACAGAUUUGAGUAUCUGUUAAAGCAGACUGAGCUGUUUGCUCAUUUCAUUCAGCCUGCUGCUCAAAAGACUCCAACUUCACCUUUGAAAAUGAAACCAGGACGUCCACGAAUAAAAAAGGAUGAGAAACAGAAUCUGCUGUCAGUUGGCGACUAUCGACAUCGUAGAACAGAACAGGAAGAAGAUGAGGAGCUAUUGACAGAAAGCUCCAAGGCAACUAAUGUAUGCACUCGAUUUGAAGAUUCUCCAUCAUAUGUAAAAUGGGGUAAACUGCGUGAUUAUCAGGUCCGAGGGUUGAACUGGCUCAUCUCUUUGUAUGAGAAUGGCAUCAAUGGUAUCCUGGCAGAUGAAAUGGGUCUUGGAAAGACACUGCAAACGAUUUCUCUUCUUGGGUACAUGAAACACUACAGAAAUAUUCCUGGCCCUCACAUGGUAUUAGUUCCCAAAUCCACUUUACACAACUGGAUGAAUGAGUUCAAGAGAUGGGUACCAACACUUCGAGCAGUUUGUUUGAUAGGUGACAAAGACCAAAGAGCUGCCUUUGUCCGAGAUGUAUUGUUGCCAGGAGAAUGGGAUGUCUGUGUAACAUCAUAUGAAAUGCUCAUUAAAGAGAAAUCUGUGUUCAAAAAAUUUAACUGGAGAUAUCUAGUUAUAGAUGAAGCCCACAGGAUCAAAAAUGAAAAAUCAAAGUUGUCAGAAAUUGUGAGGGAAUUCAAGACGACAAAUCGGCUGCUGUUAACUGGAACUCCACUUCAGAACAAUUUGCAUGAACUCUGGGCACUUCUCAACUUUCUUUUGCCAGAUGUCUUUAACUCAGCUGAUGACUUCGAUUCAUGGUUUGAUACAAAUAACUGUCUUGGAGAUCAAAAGCUGGUGGAACGUCUCCACAUGGUGCUAAGGCCAUUCCUCCUACGCCGUAUUAAAGCUGAUGUAGAAAAGAGUUUGCCUCCAAAGAAGGAAGUUAAAAUUUAUGUGGGUCUAAGCAAAAUGCAAAGAGAAUGGUAUACACGAAUCUUAAUGAAGGAUAUAGAUAUAUUGAACUCUGCUGGGAAGUUGGACAAAAUGAGACUGUUGAACAUCCUGAUGCAAUUGCGAAAAUGUUGCAAUCAUCCUUACCUCUUUGAUGGAGCAGAACCUGGUCCACCUUACACAACAGAUAUGCAUUUGGUUACCAACAGUGGCAAAAUGGUGGUAUUGGACAAAUUGCUACCAAAGUUGAAAGAACAAGGCUCACGAGUAUUAAUCUUUAGUCAGAUGACAAGAGUACUAGACAUUUUGGAAGAUUACUGCAUGUGGCGAAAUUAUGAGUAUUGUAGAUUGGAUGGACAGACACCUCAUGAUGAGAGACAAGAUUCUAUUAAUGCAUAUAAUGAACCUGACAGCUCCAAGUUUGUGUUUAUGUUGAGCACGCGUGCCGGUGGUCUUGGAAUCAAUCUGGCUACCGCUGAUGUCGUAAUUCUUUAUGAUUCAGACUGGAAUCCACAAGUAGAUCUUCAAGCUAUGGACCGAGCACACAGAAUUGGCCAGACAAAAACCGUUAGAGUGUUCAGAUUUAUCACAGACAACACUGUGGAGGAAAGAAUAGUGGAAAGAGCAGAAAUGAAACUUCGUUUGGAUUCCAUAGUCAUUCAACAAGGAAGACUGGUGGAUCAAAAUCUGAAUAAAAUAGGAAAAGAUGAAAUGCUGCAGAUGAUUCGACAUGGAGCUACGCAUGUGUUUGCCUCAAAGGAGAGUGAGAUUACUGAUGAUGAUAUUGAUGGUAUUUUGGAAAGAGGUGCAAAGAAGACUGCAGAAAUGAAUGAGAAACUCUCAAAGAUGGGCGAAAGUUCACUUAGAAAUUUUACAAUGGAUACGGAGUCCAGUGUAUACAACUUUGAAGGGGAAGAUUAUAGAGAGAAACAAAAGAUGGCAUUCACAGAGUGGAUUGAGCCACCUAAACGAGAAAGAAAAGCCAACUAUGCUGUUGAUGCUUACUUCAGGGAAGCUCUUCGUGUCAGUGAACCAAAAGCACCGAAAGCUCCACGACCUCCGAAACAACCUAAUGUUCAAGAUUUCCAGUUCUUUCCUCCACGUUUGUUUGAACUACUAGAAAAAGAGAUUCUGUAUUACAGAAAAACUAUUGGGUACAAGGUACCUCGUAAUCCAGACUUGCCAAAUGCAGCCCAAGCACAAAAGGAAGAACAGCUUAAAAUUGAUGAAGCUGAUCCCCUUAAUGAUGAAGAGUUAGAAGAGAAGGAGAAACUACUAACACAGGGAUUUACCAAUUGGAAUAAAAGAGAUUUUAACCAGUUCAUCAAAGCUAAUGAAAAAUGGGGCCGUGAUGAUAUUGAAAAUAUAGCUCGUGAAGUUGAAGGAAAAACCCCAGAGGAAGUCAUUGAGUAUUCAGCUGUGUUCUGGGAAAGAUGCAACGAACUCCAGGACAUAGAGAAGAUCAUGGCUCAGAUUGAAAGAGGAGAAGCUAGAAUUCAGAGGCGGAUUAGUAUAAAAAAAGCACUUGACACAAAGAUUGGCAGAUAUAAAGCACCUUUCCACCAGCUGAGAAUAUCAUAUGGUACUAACAAAGGGAAGAAUUAUACAGAGGAGGAGGAUCGCUUUCUAAUCUGUAUGCUUCACAAGCUAGGAUUUGAUAAAGAAAAUGUUUAUGAUGAAUUAAGACAGUGUAUUCGAAACUCUCCCCAGUUCAGAUUUGACUGGUUCCUGAAAUCCAGAACUGCAAUGGAGCUACAGAGGAGAUGCAAUACCUUAAUCACUUUGAUUGAAAGAGAAAACAUGGAAUUGGAAGAAAAGGAGAAGGCAGAGAAGAAGAAACGUGGACCAAAGCCUUCUUCAGCACAGAAGCGUAAAAUGGAUGGUACUCCUGAUGGUCGAGGCAGGAAAAAGAAGUUAAAGCUGUGAAUGCUGAACUUUUGUAAUCACUAAAUUUUUAAAAAGUAGUUCUUUAAUUUACGGGUCUUCAUAAGAUGUACUGUACAAUGCUCAACUAUUAUGUCAUUAAAGGACAUCAGGUUCAUCUGUUUACUGAACUAGAAACAUAGUACUUAAUGUAGUUUCACUUUUUUAAAUGCAACAGCUGUGCUGAACUUUUUUUUACCAUUAAAGUAAUAAAAUAGGCUUCAUUUAUUAA